AUGUCGUGGAAGGCGUCGGAGCGCCUGAUGGACACCAUCAGGCACUAUGCCAGAUUCCCAGCCACAGGUGUCAGCCUCCGACAGAUGGUCCAAUUCGGCGAGAGACCAUCCACGGGUACCCUCUUCCGCGCUUCACAGUUCCUUGCCGAGGAGCUUCCCAUCCGACUGGCGCACCGAGUCCAGGAGCUCGACGACCUCCCCGAUGGCCUCAAUGAGAUGCCCUCGGUCAACAAGGUCAAGGACUGGUAUGCGCAGUCCUUUGAAGAAAUCACACAGCUGCCGCGGCCCAACCUGCCAGCGGACGUCCGAUCACGCCUCACAAAGCCCGCCAAACACUACGGCCGCAAUACCCUCAAACUCUCCGAGGCUACUCCGAACCCGUCCCUGGGAGAGGGCGACACAUCGGGCUGGGGAGGUCUCCAUGCCAGCGCCAACGGUCAUGGCGCCAACAAGACCAAGUCGCUGUCGAGACGCUACUUUGCCAUGGUCGACGACUCCUCCGAAUGGCCUCCCGAGCUCCAGCUAUAUAAUCAACGUUUCGCACAGACCCUCCACGGCAUCAAGAGGAGGCACGACGGCGUCGUGACCACAAUGGCCCAGGGCAUCCUCGAGUACAAGCGACAACGGCAGCGCAUGCAGAUCAACGAGUCCAUACAGUCCUUCCUCGACCGCUUCUACAUGUCCCGUAUCGGCAUACGCAUGCUCAUCGGCCAGCACAUUGCCCUCACUGACCAGAGUCGGCACCGCGACCCCAGCUACGUCGGCGUCAUCUGCACAAAGACAAAUGUGCAGGACCUCGCCCAGGAAGCCAUUGAGAAUGCGCGUUUUGUGUGCGAAGACCACUACGGCCUUUUUGAGGCCCCGCGUGUCCAGCUCGUCUGCAACCCGGACCUCAACUUCAUGUACGUCCCGGGCCACCUGUCGCACAUGCUCUUUGAGACGCUCAAGAACUCGCUUCGCGCUGUGGUCGAGGCACACGGCGAGGACAAGCAGGAGUUCCCUGUCACAAAGGUCAUUGUCGCCGAGGGAAAAGAAGACAUCACCAUCAAAAUCUCGGACGAGGGGGGCGGCAUCCCUCGCAGCGCAAUCCCCCUCGUUUGGACCUACAUGUACACCACCGUCGACCGCACGCCCAGCCUAGACCCGGACUUUGACAAGAGCGACUUCAAGGCGCCCAUGGCUGGCUUCGGCUACGGUUUACCCAUAUCGCGUCUGUACGCGCGGUACUUUGGCGGUGAUCUGAAAUUGAUCAGCAUGGAGGGCUACGGAACUGAUGUGUACCUCCACCUCAACCGACUCUCCUCGUCGUCGGAACCUCUCCAAUAG